AUGAAUAGAUCACGGACGGUCGACUUUUGGAUGGCCGUCCCAAAGCCUGCGAGAAAACGCGCGAUCAUCAUCUGUGGUGCUAGCUUAUCGGACACCCCCAACUUGUGUCUGCUGUGA